AGUAUUCUGUUAAAGCACCUUCAUGAAAUCAUCUAGUUCCUCACAACUCCCAAGGAGGUCAAGUGAACGUGACACCCAUCGUUCGGCUUCGACACCACCCCUGACUAAAUUUUCCAAAAGCGAUGCAGAACACGCUGAACUGACUCCGAGCCAUUCAUUGCCUCUUCGCAGUCGUCUAAUACGCUCCGAAUCUGCGAUAGAGUCAGGGCGCAGCGCAGUUCCUGCAGAGUCUUCUCCUGGGGGUCGGCGUCCCUGGCAUCGUCGAGCAAGGGAGAUCUCCGCAACUCACGAGAAAUUGACGAGAAGGAGAGGCGAACGGGCAGAACCGCAACCACGCGAGUUCCUCGGGGAACCUGUAGCUCAUCGUCAAGAAGGAGUGCAGGAACCUCCUGAGGCCAUGUGGAGUACAACUCCCGCGCGCCCUAUGAUUCAACCAGCUGCGCCACAGGUCGGGAUCGGUCCCUCUUCGUCAUCUUCCAGUCAAGGACCUCUAGACCAGCCUGUACCGAGCAUUUCUCCUGGGAGGACUCAGCCCAGGGUCCAGGUGGCCUACCUCAGACAAGGUGUUCUGCAACAGCUGCGCGAGAGAGGGUAUGUCCCCUCAGCAGAGGCCGACGGUGGUGUUUCUAGUAUGGCCGUUGAACAAAUCAGACGGUACGUUCCUGUUGAUGGCAGUUUGGGGUCUCUACUACACAAUGCACAAGGUCACCAAUGCGCCCCUUGUUUGUUUCAUGCAAAACGAAGGUGCCUACGUGGAAUAAAAUGUCU